AUGGUAAGUAACUCUAUAGUCACCAUCAACGAGAUGUUUACACAAAACGUUUCAGUUAUCACACGUUCUCUUCUCUCGUCAGUGUGCGGCCAAGCUCCACUUAACACAAACUCAGGUGCGACUUUAGGGUCUUCGCCCUGGCAAGUAAUCAUUCAACGAAUCAGCAAUGGAAUUCAUUUUUGUAGCGGGAGUCUCAUCAAUAAAGACUGGGUUUUGACUUCAGUCCAAUGCGUAGUAAAUCCCAACACUUUCGCUGACAUUAACAAAUCAGACUUUACCAUCUACCUGGGACGUGAAACCUACCAAGGCCCAAACCCGCAUGAGAUAAGCAGAACAGUGAUUAAGAUCAUCAAGCAUCGUGGCUUUAGCGUUAAUACUUUUGACAAUGACAUUGCGCUGCUUCAGCUCUCCUCUUCUGUGAAUUUCACUGAUUAUAUUCGACCGGUCUGUCUGGCUGCUGCUGGUAGUGCAUUUGAUGAAGGACUUUCAAGUUGGGUCACAGGAUGGAAAGAGGCUUUUGCUGGUUAUGAAGAAACAAAUAAUGAUUGGCCUGUAACAGAAGAGCCAAUUGUGACUGUCCAAAACUGCAGUUCUGUCUAUGGUGGCCAGUUUCCCUUCAUGAUAAACAUGCUGUGUGCUGGACUUUUCAAUUAUGCAGGCGAGAUCAAGGGUGAUUUUGGAGGGGCAUUGGUCAUUCAGCAGGACUCUCUGUGGAUUCAGUUUGGAAUUAUGAUUUUUAUAUACACUAAUGAUGCUCAAGAUGAGGACCUUGGCAGGCCAGUUGUGUUCACCAGAGUGUCUCAAUAUCAGCAAUGGAUCAACACUCAGAUACUCAGUAACCAGCCUGGAUUUGUUGCUUUUCCUGAGCCUACUCCUGCUCCCAGUUCUAUUUCUGCUUCCACUUUUUCUUCUACUUCUGAUCCCACUACUUCUGUUCCUUAUCCCGCUACUUCAACUUCUGAUCCCACUUCUUCCAUUUCUGGUUCCACUUCUUCUAGUAAUUCCACUACGGAUCCCACUUUAACUCCUAGUAGCUUGACCGGAAGCUCACUACGUCUUUACUCACAUCCCGUUUCCCUCACAUUCUCCAUCAUUUCUUUCAUCUUCUGUCUCUUUAUGAAUGUCGUUAAGUGACAAUAAUAAUAGAUUUUAUUCUCAUAAAUAAGGGAGGAGGAUAGUCGUAUUUGUCGGUUAUGGAUUCAAUG